UUAAUGAUAGCAGGCUAGAAGAAGAACAUAAAAUUGUAGAAAUAGAUAAAUCUAAAUUUAAAAAAGAUAUUUCAUGGUGGGUUGUAGGAUUAACCAAAAAAAAAUCUAACAAAUAUUAUUUUGAAGUUGUACAAGACAGAAAUACAAAUACUCUUACAAAAAUUAUAAAAAACAUGUUAUUCCAGAAACAAAAAUCUAUUCAGAUAGUUGGUCCAAAUAAAUAUGAAGAUGAAAUUAAAAGACUAAAUUCUGUUGUAAAAGACUAUGAAACCAGAAUCUUAUCUUUAGAAAAACGA